AUGGCAGUAAGCAACUGGGAAUACCUCUUCAUAAAAACAGCUGCACCAACUUCUGCAACUCAGCAAGGAACUGCUGGAACGACACUCGUACCUGGUUCUAUACCUACACAAGGGGCUCAAACGACAGUGUCGGGAGGGGCAGCACCUGCUUCAGCUGCACCAGUUUCUGCAACUCAACAAGUAACUGCUGGAACAACAUUCGCAGCCCGUUCUGCAGCUACCCAACGCGGCUGGAACGCAGUAGCAACUGGGUUUAUCCCCCUCUUCAGGUGCAACCAACAUCUCAACUCAGCAAGAACGGCUGAACACACUCGAACCUGGAUCUAUACUUUACACACUGCGCUCAACACAUGUCAGCUACACAGAACGUCAGCUGCAAUGACAGUAGCAACUGGGUUAUUCACCUGCUUUCCAGCUGCCCAACUUCUUGCAACUCAGCAAGGAACUGCUGGAACGACACUCGUACCUGGUUCUAUACCUACACAAGCGGCUCAAACGACAGUGUCAGGAGGGGCAGCACCUGCUUCAGCUGCACCAGUUUUUCUGCAACUCAACAACUACACAACGGGCGGCUGCCCAACGCAGUAUGCAACUUGGUUAUCACCUGCUUCAGCAGCACCAACAUCUCCAACUCAGCAAGAAACUAUCUGGAACGACACUCGUACCUUUUUCCUAUACCUACACAAGCGGCUCAAAACGACAGUGACAGGAGGGGCAGCACCUGCUAUCACUGCACCAAUUUCUGCAACUCAACAAGUAACUGCUGAAACAACUUUUGCACCCGGUUCUGCAGCUACACAGACGGCGGCUGCAACGACAGUAGCAACUGGGGUAUCACCUGCUUCAGCUGCACCAACUUCUGCAACUCAGCAAGGAACUGCUGGAACGACACUAGUACCUGGUUCUAUAUCUACACAAGAGGCUCAAACGACAGUGUCCGGAGGGGCAGCACCUACUUCAGCUACACCAGUUUCUGCAACUCAACAAGUAACUGCUGGAACAACAUUCGCACCUGGUUCUGCAGCUACACAGACGGCGGCUGCAACGGCAGUAGCAACUGGGUUAUCACCUGCUUCAGCUGCACCAGUUUCUGCAACUCAACAAGUAACUGCUGGAACAACAUUCGCACCCGGUUCUGCAGCUACACAGACGGCGGCUGCAAUGACAGUAGCAACUGGGUUAUCACCUGCUUCAGCUGCACCAACUUCUGCAACUCAGCAAGGAACUGCUGGAACGACACUCGUACCUGGGUAUCCAAUACCUACACACAAGCGAACGAACGACAUGACAGAAGGCAGCACCUACAUCACAGCUACAACCAGUUUUCUGCAACAGAACAACUGCACCAACUUCUGCAACUCAGCAAGGAACUGCUGGAACGACACUCGUACCUGGUUCUAUACCUACACAAGCGGAACAAACCGACGUGUCAGGAUGGCAGCACCUACUUUCACUACAACCAGUUUUCUCACUGAACCAAGUAACUGCUGGAACAACAUUCCACACCUUGGAUUUCUGCAGCUACACAGACGCGAUGCAACGACCAGUAGCAACUGGGUUUAUCACCUCAUCCAGCCGCAUCCAGCUUCUGCAACUCAGCAAGGACCUGCGGGAACGACACUCGUACCUGUUUCCUAUACCAACACAAGCGGCUCAAACGACAAGUGGUUAAGGAGGGGCAGCACCUUACUUCAGCUACACCAUUAUUCUCCAAACGCAACAAGUUACUGUCUGGAACAACCUUCGCACCCUUCUCACUACACAGACGGCGGCUGCAAACGACAGUACAACUGGGUAUCACCGCUUCACAGCACCAACUUCUGCAACUCAGCUAGGAACUCUGGAACGACACUCCUACCUGGUUCUUAUACCUACACAAGCGCUCAAACGACAGUGUCAGGUGGUGCUGCCCCUGCUUCAGCUGCACCAGUUUCUGCAACUCAACAAGUAACUGCUGGAACAACAUUCGCACACCGGUUCUGCAGCCAAAGACGGCGCUGCAACGGCAGUAGCAACUGUGGUUCACCUGCUCUUCAGACUGCACCACCAACUUUCUGCAACUCAGCAAGGAACUCUGGAACGACACUCCUACCUGUUAUCAAUACCUACACAAGCGGCUCAAAACGAACAGUGUCAGGAGGGCUUAACACAUACGCGGCUGCAACGACAGUAGCAACUGGGGCAUCACCUGCUUCAGCUGCACCAACUUCUGCAACUCAGCAAGGAACUGCUGGAACGACACCCGUAUCUGGUUUUUCUAUACCUACACAAGCGCUCAAACUACAGUGUCCCCAGAGGGCAACGCCCUGCUUCAGCUGCACCAUUUUCUGCAAACUCAAACAAGUAACGCUUGGGAACAACAUUCGCACCCGUUUCUGGGCAGCUAAACAAAGACGUGCGGCUGCAACAACCAGUACACUUGGUAAUCGCUGCUUCAGCUGCACCAACUUCUGCCACUCAGCAAGGAACCCUGCUGUAACGACACUCGUACCUGGUUCAUACCUUACACAAGCUGAACAAACGACAGUGUCAGAGGGGGCAUCAUCCUACUUCACUAAACCAUUUCUGCAACGAAACAGUAACUGCUGGAACAACCACUCUCACCCGCAAGGAACUGCUGGAACGAACACACUCGAACCUGUUCUUAUACCUACCCAAGCGGCUCAAUACGACAGUGUCAUCGGGGCAGCACCUUACUUUCAGCUACACCAGUUUCUGCAACUGAACAAAGUAACUGCCUGGGGAACAACAAUAUUCGCACCCUUGUUUCUGCAGCUACACAUACGGGGCGGCAGCAACGACAUUCAGCACUGGGGGAAUCACCUGCUUCAGCAGCACCAACUUCUGCAACUCACAAGGAACUGCUUGGAAACGACACUCCGUACCUUGUUCAAUACCACACAAGCGGCUCAAACGACAGUGUCAGGAGGGGCAGCACCUACUUCAGCUACACCACUUUCUGCAACUGAACAAGUAACUGCUGGAACAACAUUCACACCUGGUUCUGCAGCUACACAACGGCGGCUGCCAACAACAAGUAGCAACAGGGGUAUCACCCUUCUCAGCCACCAGCUUCGCAACUCCAAGGAACAUCUGGAACGACACUCUAUCAACUGGGGUAUCACCUGCUUCCGCGCACCAGCAUCUGCAAACUCACAAGGAACUGCUGGAACGACACUCGUACCUGGUUCUAUACCUACACAAGCGGAACAAACGACAGUGUCAGGAGGGGCAGCACCUACUUCAGCUACACCAGUUUCUGCAACUGAACAAGUAACUGCUGGAACAACAUUCGCACCUGGUUCUGCAGCUACACAGACGGCGGCUGCAACGACAGUAGCAACUGGGGUAUCACCUGCUUCAGCUGCACCAGCUUCUGCAACUCAGCAAGGAACUGCUGGAACGACACUCCUACACAGAACGGCGGGCUGCAACGACAGUAGCACAAACUGUAUCACCUCUUCACCACACCAACUUCUGCAACUCACAAGGAACCUGCUGGAACGACCACUCGUACCUGGUUCUAAUACUACACAAGCGGCUCAAACGACAGUGUCAGGAGGGGCAGCACCUACUUCAGCUACACCACUUUCUGCAACUGAACAAGUAACUGCUGGAACAACAUUCGCACCCGGUUCUGCAGCUACACAGACAGCGGCUGCAACGACAGUAGCAACUGGGGUAUCACCUGCUUCAGCUGCACCAACUUCUGCAACUCAGCAAGGAACUGCUGGAACGACACUCGUACCUGGUUCUAUACCUACACAAGCGGCUCAAACGACAGUGUCCAGAGGGUCAGCACCUGCUUCACUUCAACCAUUUUUCUGCAACUCAACAAGUAAACUUCUGAAACACAACAUCCGACUCCGUCCGUACACACACAGACUGCGGCUUGCACACAGUACAACUGGGCAUCACCUGCUUCAGCUGCACCAACUUCUGCAACUUCAGCAAGGAACCUGCUGGAAAACACCACUCGACCUGGUUCUAUACCUACACAAGCGGCUCAACGACAAUGUCAAGGAGAAGCCGGCUCAAACACAUGUCAAGAGGGCAGCACCUGCUUCAGCUGCACCUGUUUUCUGCAACUCAACAAGUAACUUCUGGAACGAACAUUCCACCCUUCUGCACAGACAAGCCGCGCAACGCCAAAUACCAACAGGGUAUCACCUGCUUCCAGCUGCAACCAACACUACUAACAAGGAUCGCUGGAACGACACUCGUUUACCUGUUCUCAAUACCUACCUCAACGGAACAAAAAACCACAGUGUCAGGAGCAGCACUUCUACUUCCAGCGUUCAUCCAUUUCUGCAACUGAACAAGUUAACUGCUGGAACAACAUUCACACCUGGUUCUGCAGCUACACAGACGGCGGCUGCAACGACAGUAGCAACUGGGGUAUCACCUGCUUCAGCUGCACCAGCUUCUGCAACUCAGCAAGGAACUGCUGGAACGACACUCGUACCUGGUUCUAUACCUACACAAGCGGCUCAAACGACAGUGUCAGGAGGGGCAGCACCUACUUCAGCUACACCAGUUUCUGCAACUCAACAAGUAACUGCUGGAACAACAUUCGCACCCGGUUCUGCAGCUACACAGACGGCGGCUGCAACGACAGUAUCAACUGGGGUAUCACCUGCUUCAGCUGCACCAGCUUCUGCAACUCAGCAAGGAACUGCUGGAACGACACUCGUACCUGGUUCUAUACCAACACAAGCGGCUCAAACGACAGUGUCAGGAGGGGCAGCACCUACUUCAGCUACACCAGUUUCUGCAACUCAACAAGUUACUGCUGGAACAACAUUCGCACCCGGUUCUGCAGCUACACAGACGGCGGCUUGCAACGACAGUUCAACUGGGUACACCUGCCUUCAGCUGCACCAACUUCUGCAACUCACAAGGAAACUGCCUGAACACACCUCCGUACCUGGUUCUAUACCUAAACAAGCCUGCCUCAAACGACAGUUCCAGAGGGGCAGGCCGCUGCCCUCACUUCACCAGUUUUUCUGCAACUCAACAAGUAACUGCUGGAACAACAUUCCACCCGGUUCUGUCACUACACAACGGCGGCUGCAACACAGAGGGGCAGCACCUCUUCAGCUCAUCAAUUUUUCUGCAACUCAACAAAAGUACUGCUGGUACAACAUUCCGCCCCGGUUUCUGCACUACACAUUUGCUGCAACGACAGUAGCAACUGGGUAUCACCGUGCUUCAGCAGCACCAACUUCUACAACUCCGCAAGGAACUGCAGGAACGACACUCGUACCUGGUACUAUACCUACACAAGCGGCUCAAUCGACAGUGUCAGGAGGGGCAGCACCUGCUUCAGCUGCACCAGUUUCUGCAACUCAACAAGUAACGGCAGGAACGACACUCGUACCUGGUACUAUACCUACACACGCGGCUGUAACGACAGUGUCAGGAUGGGCAGCACCUGCUUCGGCUGCACUAACAUCUGCAACUGUACAAGGAAUUACUGGAACAACAUUCAUACCUGGUUCUACAGCUGCACUGACCACUUCAUCAGUCAUAGGAGCGACUACCGCUUCUAAGAAAACACAUGCAUUCACAACUGGUGUUCAAUCAGGUACUGCCAAUUUAUUAUUUAAAUCUAGUAAUUGA